AUGACAAUUACCAACCAGGUUCUCUACGAUCCCACUGCACCUUUGCCCAACGCUGAUGAUUCUAAUCAAUUAGUGAUUCUUCCAGGCAAAAAGCGAAAACUACAGGAUGAGGGUCCUCUGCCGAAGAAGAAAAGUGCCACAGGCGGAAAAAAGGGCAAAAAUUUCGUCAAAGAGAGGGAGAAGCAGAAAAUUACGAAGAAAGAAAAUACAGUUGGCUGCAAUCCAACAGCGAAAGUCGAACAAAUUAACGCGGUCUGCGAUACUACGCCAUCCUCAUCCUCCGCUCCGUUAGAAACUUCGACAGUAGACGACGCUGAAGUAAAGGUCGAGACAGGUGCUACAGAGAAAGAAAACACCGCAUCCGUUGUGGAGGACUAUUCAUCUUCGGCGCAGCCAUCUUUGUCUUCUGGCACAGAGAAACCUGUUACAUGUUCCACGGCUACUAAUGGAGUUGUUCCGGUUUCCGCCCAGGAAAUAAAAACAGAGGCAGACGAUGAUGUAACCCAUCAACCACGGCCUGCUUCUAUCCAACGACAACGAGUACUUGUCGCCCGAGAUACAGAAAUUGAACGCAAACGCUCACAGUUGCCUAUAUAUUCAGAAGAAGUGCCCAUUAUGGAGACCAUCAACGACAAUAUUGUCACUGUUAUAUGUGGUGAGACUGGCUCUGGUAAAACUACACAAAUACCUCAAUUCCUUUAUGAAGCAGGGUAUGCAAGCAAUAGUCAAUUGAUUGGCAUAACUGAACCGCGGAGAGUAGCGGCAAUAUCCAUGGCGCAACGUGUUGGGGAAGAGUUGGGUUCACCGGAUGCAGUUUCAUAUCAAAUACGAUAUGAAGGAAAUCGCACGCCUCAGACGAAGAUACUAUUCAUGACUGAUGGUGUGCUGAUGAAAGAGAUGGAAUCUGAUGUAAUGCUGAAAAAGUAUUCCGCUAUCCUUAUUGAUGAGGCUCAUGAGAGGUCAAUGUACAGUGAUGUCUUGAUUGGGAUGUUGAGUAGGAUAGCGCCUCUGCGAGCAAAAACGUCGAAUCCGUUAAAGUUGAUAAUUAUGUCGGCCACACUACGAUUAGCAGAUUUUAUUCACAAAAGAUUAUUUCCCGUCUUGGAACCCAAAGUGAUAAAUGUGGAGUCACGACAAUUUCCAGUCACGGUGCAUUUUGAGAAGCGCACUCCCGACGACUAUAUGAUGGCUACUUUCAGAAAGAUACAAUAUGACUCCAGCAAGGAUGGUCAUGUGUACGUAAAAGGCAGUAAGAAAUGGAAAAAGAAGCAACUAGAAGAGGCGCAAAAUCUGAAACUAGAGGAUUUUGGUGAAGAUCGAACCCAUUCCUUCGAUGGCGAGGAUCUGCAUGAAACUGGCGCUUGUGAUACUUUAUGGGACGACUAUGACGCAGAAGAUGACAGUCAAGAAGAUGCGCUGAACAUUCCAAUGCCGGCUCCACCUGCUACUUGUGUUCCUCUGUACUGCUUGCCGUUGUACUCCUUAUUGUCCUCGGAAAAACAGCGUCGUGUGUUUGAGCCACCACCAGAGGGCACGAGGUUUUGUUUAUUUGUUCCAAUAGUCGUCUAUUGGUGUUUUUACAUUACUUCUUGUAGAAUGUGUGUGAUUGCAACGAAUGUAGCUGAAACAUCUUUAACUAUUCCUGGCGUGAAAUACGUGGUGGAUUGCGGGUUUGAGAAGCGCAGGCUGUAUGACUCAGUCACGGGCGUGUCGAAAUUUGUCGUAGAUCGAAUAAGUCAAGCGUCUGCCGAUCAACGAGCUGGAAGAGCGGGUCGCAUAGCAGCUGGCCAUGCUUACAGGCUCUAUUCUUCGGCGGUUUUCCAAACCUUCGAGAAGUUCUCUCGUCCAGAAAUCCUCGAUAAACCCGCGGAUCAACUUGUGUUGCAUUUGAAAUCGAUGAACAUUGUUAAGGUGAUAAAUUUCCCGUUUCCAUCACCACCGGACUCGGAAACGCUGGAGGUGGCUGAAGAAAGGCUUAUCAAACUUGGCGCUUUGGCGAAGACCACGAAAGACGGGAAGACAGAAGCUCGUAUUACUCCAUUGGGCAGGACGCUGUCAGUGUUUCCAUUAGCACCUGCUUACGCGAAAGUCAUAGCUAUGGCGAAUCAGCAUGACCUCAUGCCAUACGCGAUUUUGCUCAUUUCUGCGCUUUCUGUGCGUGAGCCGCUGGUGCCGGUUUCGUCGAUAAGGGGACAAACUGAUGAGGAAACAAAGGAGAAAAUGACCGCAGUAUUAAAGCUUCGAAGAGGAUGGUGUGGAAAGGGCCCUGGGCGCCGGCUGGGUGAUCUUCUUGUUCUGAUGAGAGCAGUCAUUUGUUACGAAGAAGAAAAGAUGAAUCCAUCAGCAUGUACCAAUCUGGGAUUGAGGCACAAAGCAAUGGUAGAAAUUCGACGACUCCGCGUGCAAUUAACUAAUAUUGUGAAUACAUCGUUCAAAUCGAGUGCGGAUAUCGUGAUGGAUCCGCACCUUCCUCCACCAUCUGAUGCCCAAGCGCAAAUGUUGAGGUAUGUUAAAUCCUUUGGUAGGGAUGGCGGUUGUUAUUCGCAGCGAUUCAGGCAAAUGAUGGUGGCUGGCCUAGCGGAUCGCAUCGCUCGACGAGUGGAUCGGUCAGCCGACAACGAAGAAGUACCAAAGGGUGCAUAUCAAACGAUGAAACUUCAGGAGUUCGUUUUCAUCGAUCCAUGCAGCGUCAUGUAUACUGACGAACCAGAUUAUGUCAUUUACCAGGAAAUAGUGCAGCCACAUGUUGCUGAUUUCAGAUAUGAAGCAGAUAGAGACGAAAUUGUGAAGAGUGUAGGAGUGACAUUUGGUCCACUGGAGUGGCGCCUUGAUCCUAUUGAGCGACCCAUACCUAAUGACAUUAUGCUGUAUAGGUAUUUCGCUCAGUUCCUCCUAGCAGGACAGGUAAUGCCAUUGCUAGCCCAGUUCGUUACAAAAAUGUUAGCGCCACCCACAACAAUGGUCCGAUCGUGGGCGAAACUGCAAAAGCGUACAGAGGGUCUGCUUAAUGCUUUGGUACUGAAAGAGGUUCACUCCAAGGCUGCUCUUGUUGAAGAGUUCAAGAAAAACGAGAACUACCUGCUUGAAGAGUAUUUAGACUGGUUACCGGAAUCAUUACACGACUCUCGGGAUAUUGUGAAAUGGUCGAAGCGUUUUGGGACGGUUGAAAAUGGAGGCUUCUUCACAGAUGUCUUCACCCACAAAAUGGCUCUGCCCAUCCGUCCAUCUCUUGCCCAAAAAUGGGAUAUAAUGGAGAAGGGCUUUGCGUGCCAGAAUGUGAUCAAGAAACACUCGUUACUUGACCAUCGCGUAUCUUUUGAGCUGAGACAAAUCUGUAUGGAGCUAGGAAAGUGCGCCGGAGAUCUUGAGAAGGAUGCACGUCGAUUGAUGGAUGAAUUCUACGCCUCAGAUGGUCCGAUCAAAUUCAGAACUGCUCACUUAAUCGACGAGUGGUUCUGCGCAUCUUUGGCAUUAUGUCAAGAAGGGUUCGCUCUGGUUGAUGCCCUGUCACAGGCUGGUUUAUCGAAAGAGAUGAGCAAAUGUGUGGAAGGAAUUCCUGCGUUUGUCGAACAAGUUGCCCAAUUAUUCCCUACAGAGGCUAUUUUUGACGUGGCAAUGAUGCUUACCGAUUACCCACUCAAGCGUCUCCUACGAUUACGAGCCCAAUUGUACCAGUCUGCGAUCGACUUUUACCAUAUCGUAUUAGUCAGGGAGGCUGAAGAUGAGAAGAUUACCAUGCUGCAGUCAGCGUUGCACUCGGAAAGGUUUAUAUUCCUCCUAAACGAGAAGGAAAACCUUUCGGAGCUUCUCAAGGGUUGCCAGAAAGAAUUUCGUGAUCAUAUGGAGAGAGCUCUUGAGAGUGCAUGUGAGUCGCAGAGAGGAAUCAUCGUCGAAGAGCUCGCGAGGAGUGGAUUGUUGAAGGGGCUCGGCAACCUCAACAGGCUGAACAGCUCGGCUAAGCAAGCAGUUGAAGAUGUUUCGCAGAUUUUUCCUCACUUUUCAACGCAGUACAUCCAUGUGAGUUUC